AUUAUUCAAUAAAGUUUUAUUCCGGAGUUAUGCUAAAGAAAAGAGUGUCGAUAUCUGUAUUUUGUGGACGAUUUAGAUUACGAAGAAAAUCUCGAGGAAUAAAAAUUUAUGUGGCGAGAGAUCAAUUGCAUCAUAAUAUUAUGCUCAUGAAUCACGCGAGAGUUUAUGGUGAUUUCGCUCAUUGUGUCCCCAUUCUCUCUUCUUUUGUUUGAUUCCUCCUCCCUCUUGGUUAACAACAACUUCACUCACAAAGCAUUCCCUUUUUUAUUUUUAUCGCUACUCUCCGACAAAGCCUUCUUCUUUGGAUCAUCUAGUCUAGGUUCGGUUUUCUCAAUUAGCUCUGUUCGAUUUCGCGGAUGAAACUUGUUCAAGUUUGUGUCUGAUCUGCUCUGCUCUGCUCAUACUUAAAAAAGGAAACUUUAUUUUUCUGUAAAUGGCAUCAGUUGCCGAGAGCUCUUUUCCUCUUCUCUGUCAAAUCAAGACUCAGCGUCGCAUCAAUUCCUCUACGCUGAGGCAUUCCCGUGUUUCUUACCAUGAUUUGCCUUCUGGCUCGCUGUCUUUUCGUUCUCGGAGCUUUGUUCUGGGACAUCGAUGCAAGUGUGUGAGCCGCGUCGAGGCUUCCGGCUCAGACGAUGAUGAGCCAGAGGAUGCGCUUCAGGCUACCAUUGACAAGAGCAAGAAGGUUCUUGCUAUGCAAAGGAACCUUCUUCACCAGAUUGCUGAAAGGAGGAAGCUGGUCUCAUCUAUUAAAGAGAGCACACCUGACUUGGAUGAUGCAAAAGCUUCUUCCAAACAAGAGUCUGCUUCUUCUGUGAAUGCUAAUACUGAUGCUACUAAAAAAGAAAUUAUGGAUGGAGAUGCAAACGGUAGUGUUAGUCCAAGCACUUAUGGCAAGUCAUCUUUAAGUAAAGAACCAGAAGCUAAGACUUUCUCUCCCAGUACUGAAUCCUUGAAGAACCGCAAACAAAGCUCGGCCUCUGUGAUAUCUUCUUCCCCUGUAACCUCUCCUCAGAAACCAUCCGAUGUAGCCACUAAUGGGAAGCCUUGGUCUAGCGUAGUAGCGUCUAGUGUAGAUCCUCCUUAUAAACCUUCAUCUGUUAUGACCUCUCCUGAGAAAACUUCUGAUCCUGUAACUUCUCCUGGAAAGCCAAGUAAAUCUCGCGCUGGUGCAUUUUGGUCAGAUCCACUACCGUCUUAUCUGACUAAAGCUCCUCAAACAUCAACUAUGAAGACAGAGAAGUACGUGGAAAAAACACCUGACGUAGCUAGUAGUGAAACUAACGAACCUGGCAAGGAUGAAGAGAAGCCGCCUCCACUGGCUGGAGCAAAUGUCAUGAAUGUGAUAUUGGUAGCAGCAGAGUGUGCUCCAUUUUCGAAAACAGGUGGCCUUGGAGAUGUAGCUGGUGCUUUACCAAAGUCUUUGGCUAGGCGUGGACACAGGGUUAUGGUUGUGGUUCCUCGGUAUGCCGAGUAUGCUGAAGCCAAAGAUUUAGGGGUACGGAAGAGAUAUAAGGUGGCCGGGCAGGAUAUGGAAGUAAUGUACUUCCAUGCAUUUAUAGAUGGUGUGGAUUUUGUUUUCAUUGAUAGCCCUGAAUUUCGGCAUCUGAGUAAUAACAUUUAUGGUGGAAACCGACUUGAUAUCUUGAAGCGGAUGGUUUUAUUUUGCAAGGCUGCUGUUGAGGUUCCGUGGUAUGUUCCUUGUGGAGGUGUGUGUUAUGGUGAUGGAAAUUUGGCUUUUAUAGCAAAUGAUUGGCACACUGCGUUACUACCGGUGUACCUGAAGGCCUAUUACCGGGAUCACGGAAUAAUGAAAUACACACGAUCUGUUCUUGUAAUUCAUAACAUUGCUCAUCAGGGGCGGGGACCGGUAGAUGAUUUCUCCUACGUGGAUUUACCGAGCCAUUACUUGGAUAGCUUCAAGUUAUAUGACCCAGUAGGAGGUGAGCACUUCAAUAUUUUUGCAGCUGGUCUAAAAGCUGCGGAUAGAGUUCUCACUGUUAGCCAUGGAUACUCCUGGGAGGUUAAGACCUUAGAAGGAGGUUGGGGUCUGCAUAACAUCAUAAAUGAAAACGACUGGAAAUUUAGAGGAAUUGUGAACGGUAUCGAUACACAAGAAUGGAACCCAGAAUUUGAUACUUACUUGCACUCUGAUGAUUAUACCAACUAUUCCUUGGAGAAUCUUCACAUUGGUAAACCCCAAUGUAAAGCUGCAUUACAGAAAGAGCUCGGUUUGCCUGUUCGGCCUGAUGUUCCGCUGAUCGGUUUUAUUGGAAGAUUGGAUCACCAGAAAGGUGUUGAUUUGAUAGCUGAGGCGGUUCCAUGGAUGAUGAGUCAGGAUGUUCAGCUGGUUAUGUUAGGCACAGGGCGACCGGAUCUUGAAGAGGUCCUCAGACAAAUGGAGCAUCAAUAUCGAGAUAAAGCACGGGGAUGGGUUGGAUUCUCGGUUAAAACAGCACACAGAAUAACAGCUGGUGCAGACAUAUUGCUGAUGCCUUCUAGAUUUGAGCCGUGUGGUCUAAACCAGCUUUACGCAAUGAACUAUGGAACCAUUCCGGUGGUCCAUGCCGUGGGAGGAUUGAGGGAUACAGUUCAACAAUUUGAUCCCUAUAGUGAAACGGGUCUUGGUUGGACAUUUGAUAGCGCGGAAGCAGGUAAGUUGAUUCAUGCCUUAGGAAACUGUUUGUUGACAUAUAGAGAGUAUAAGGAGAGUUGGGAAGGGCUUCAGAGAAGAGGAAUGACACAGGAUUUGAGUUGGGAUAAUGCUGCAGAGAAGUACGAAGAAGUUCUUGUUGCUGCUAAGUAUCAUUGGUGAGUUAAAUAAAAGUUACCUUUUUUACUGUCUAUAAAGAACAUGUCUUUGGAAUUGUUAAGAAGCUUAGUUGUGUAGAUUUGGUGAUAAAGCUACAUUGGAGCUUGGCAAAUUCUCAUGCCAUGUAAGCUCCUUGUGGUAAAGGAUCAAGCUUGUUAAUCUCUUGCUCUCUCACUCUUAGUAAUUUUAAAGUGAUAUUACGAUUUGACAAAGU